AUUUGUAGCACCCGAAGUACCACUUGUAGUAGGUACGCUUUAGUGUUAUUUGAAAGUCGUUGGUGGCAUCAUUGAAAAAUAUGGACAAACGGACCUUGUUGUGGUACAUGACUUUUUGGGGGUUUGCUAUGAAUUAUAUGUUACGUUUGAACAUCAACAUAGCCAUAGUAUCGAUGAUCAAACACCCUGCGAAAAACUCAAACGUUACAGUUGUGAGCGAAUGCCUGCGGGACAUCAAAUUAACCGAAUUCAACGAUACUCGUGGGAAUACAUUUCCACUUGAACUCGAUGCCGAAGAUGAUAAAUUCGAUUGGGACGAAACUAAACAAAGUACCGUGCUCAGUUCAUUUUUUUCACUCCACAUGAUAAUGCAAAUACCCGGUGGAAUUUUGGCUCAACGUUACGGAGCGAAAAACGUUGUUGGCAUAAGUAACGGUCUGGCUGCAAUACUUUCAUUUGCUAUACCUCUAUCAGCGAAAAUUGAUUAUAAAGUUUUAGCUGCCAUUCGACUGAUCCAAGGCUUUACUUCCGGGGCUGUUUGGCCUGCAAUGCACACGAUGACUGCUAAAUGGAUUCCCGUACACGAGAGGAGUCGUUUUGUUUCAGCGUAUUUAGGCAGUUCGAUUGGCGCAGCUGUGACUUAUAUAAUGUGCGGAUAUGUUAUUGCUAUGUUUGGCUGGGAAAGCGUUUUUCAUCUUACCGGAGUAUUAGGGUUGUUAUGGUACAUUUGUUGGACGAUUCUUAUAUACGAAUCGCCAGCUGAGCAUCCGACUAUUGGUCAUAAAGAAAGGGUGUAUAUAGAAAACAGCAUUGGAAAAACUGUGAAAAUGCAAUCUAAACUAUUGCCAAUACCUUGGAAAUCAAUGCUCACAUCAAGGCCAUUGUUAAUUAAUGCGCUCACGCAAAAUGGAGGAGUUUGGGGAUUGUUAACGUUAGCAACGCAGUCUCCUACAUACUUUAACUUUGUUCUCGGACUAAAUAUAAAAAAGACAGGAUUAUGGUCUGGCAUGCCAUAUAUCGCGCGAUGGCUUUUUGCAUUCGGAUUUGGUAUGUUUAGCGAUUUCUUAAUAAAGUCGAAAAAAUUGACCAUAACAAAUGUACGCAAGCUGGCAACAAUUUUGUGCAAUAUUUGCCAAGGAUUAUUUAUUUUAGGAAUUUGUUUUUGCGGAUGUAACUCAACGGCUGCUAUCAUUAUGGUUACUCUAGCUACAGCUGUGAAUGGUUCGGUUUCUUCUGGACCGUUAGCAGGAGUAGUAGAUCUAGCGCCAAAUUAUGCUGGUGUGAUCCAGGGAAUCGUAGGCACUAUUACUGUAUUCUGUACAUUUUUUUCUCCAAUUUUAGUCGGAAUGUUUACAUUGCAUCAGCAAACUUUAGGACAAUGGAAUAAGGUAUUUUUUUUGACUUCGGGCAUUUGUUGUUCAACUGGACUAUUAUAUGUUUUUUGCGGCGAUUCAGAAAUUCAAAAUUGGAAUUAUAAGUACGACGUUUCAGUGUCCAAAGAUAAAGAAAUGAAACUCAUAAAAACAAAAUCUGAUAACAAAACAAAUAAAAAUAUAAAUAAUGUUUAGCAAGUAUUACUUAUUUUUAAUUUUGAUAAAAACACAGAAUAAAUUAUAUUAAAUGAGACAUUAAUAAUGUAAACAAAAAUGUAGUGAUUAAAAAAGAUAGGACUGAAAUCCGGAUAUUUCCAUCACUAGUGAAUAUAAAUUACAUAUAUUUAUAACUCGUCCAGUUAAUCUUGAUACCAGGCGACCGUUACGAUUUAAAAGUUGUAGGGGUCAGCAAAGAACUAUAUGUGAAGAGGAGCUGUUACCACAUUUCUUUUAGAGUUAGUAUUAAUUAUUGAGUAUU